UUCCGCAAUCAAAGUAUGAUUCUUUCUCUGUUCUAUUUCAUUUCGUUUACACUCGUUAUAGAUGGUCUCCCCACUAAGGAAGACAAUCGAUGGCAGCUCGCAGCAGACGAACAAGGUUACCUGCACCUAGCAUCUCGUAAUCCGAACGCUGUUGAACUGCUUCCGAACCCGGAUCCGCACUUCUACCCCGAAAAGGACAUUCGCUUUCUGUUGUACACUCGGUCCACAGGUGACAUUCCUGAACGGAUUGCUAACAACGAUUACGAUUCGGUGAUGAGUUCCCGCUUCAAUGCCGAUCAUCCCACGAGGAUAAUUAUUCAUGGUUGGGGUGGGAGCCAGAAUUCCGCGAUUAAUAGAGUGAUUCGAACAGAGCUGUUAAACGUUGGGGAGUUCAAUGUUAUUUUCGUCGAUUGGAGUGCCGGGAAUGAUCCGUUUUAUCCAAAUUCGCGGCGUUUAGUGUAUCCGGUGGGAAUCGCAACGUCCAAUUUGAUUGAUUAUCUCGUAAAAGUUGCAAAUCUGAACAGAGAUCAUGUGGUGGUGAUUGGACACAGUUUGGGAGCACACGCAGCUGGUAACGUGGGCAAAGGGCAGUUUGGUAAAUUACCGACGAUAAUUGGUUUAGAUCCUGCACUCCCGUUUUUCGCCGGCGAUGAUGUAAUUGAUCGAAUAAUGCAAACCGAUGCAGAGUACGUGGAAAUCAUUCACACCAACGGUGGAGCUGCUGGGUUUCUGGAACCCAUUGGCGAUGCAGAUUUCUACCCGAAUUGGGGUCGAAUCCAGCCUGGUUGUGGAGUUGAUAUCGAUGGAGGUUGUGCUCAUCAGCGUGCGGUAGACUAUUACGUGGAGUCAAUCUAUUCGCGGAUAGGGUUUAACGCUGUUCAGUGUUCAAGUUUUCAGGAAAUUCGAAGCGGCGUGUGUUCUAGUUCCGGUCCAUCGGCUAAAAUGGGUGGUGAACCUCCGAAUCGGGGAUCAUUAGUGAAUGGCGUUUUCUACCUUUCAACUGCUGCUGCUAGGCCGUUCGCUACUGGAUGUUAGAUAGCUGACAUACUGAUCAUAGUUGGUAGAUAAUAAAGAGGGAUUUCGUUAGUAGUAUUCACUAUUCAUAUUGUCAUUUGAUGACAACAAAGGGAUCGGUCCAUUUUUCCAAGAUGGAAAGCGUUCAAACUUAUGUUUAGUUUGAAUACUCUGAAACCUCUAUUUACGAACUAUUCGUAAUAUUCGAGUUGCGUAACUUUUUUACGAACUGAAUUCAAAAUAAUUAACUCAUUUUUUACGAACCAAGUUAAUAAAAAUUUUGAGUGCCUACAGUAAUGAAGCUGUAUACAAUUUAACAUAUUCUUAGACAACUAACUAACAGAAGCUGGGUAUUUUCGGAAUUGGGUUGACAAGUACAUGACGGAAAUCGAUGUCCGAAACCAUUUUAAAGGGGCGUCUGGUGUAAUCGGUAAAAAUAUGGACUUUUUUUUAUUUGCUUAAUUGUUAGUAUUGAACCUCUAGAAUUUUUCUUCCACAACCUCGGUGGCCACGC